CCUUUUGUUAUACACUGAUGAAAUUCGUAAGUGAACUUGCCGCUUCGACGAUUUGCAAAGACUAGCAUCAGAAGUGGCAUCUCCAUAAAUAGAGUGCAGAAGUUAAACAAAGCGAAACAGAUAAACAAAAAAUUUCACAGAAACAGACGACCAUAUAUUUGAAGGAAUUUAUACGAUUUGCUGUUUGUAAACGACAAAAGUGCUAGUACAAGACUCGCCUAGCUUAAAUUUCGCAAUUUGGAGCCUAAGAUGAUAAAUGAGAAAACUCUUGGUUCUGAGUAAAGCCAACGUGAUAUUGGUUGAGAAUGAGCGAAAGUCCACAAAGAUAUUCAGCUCUUAAGAGCAAAGGGAUUCAGAAAAAUGGAACAGAAGAUGAUGAAAAAUCAAUCAGAAUUGACACAGCGUCUUCUACUGGAAUGAAGGGAACUGCCGAAAGCUGUGGAAGUGAAGAGAAUGUGCAAAUGUCAAUACCAACUGUCUCAUUUAGGCCAAAAGAGUCAUUAAGUUUGGCGGAAGAAAAAGAAGGCAACGGCAGCGCAAGUGAAAGUUUUUUGUCGGGUCUCCAGAAGAAAGCAAAAUAUUUUGGACUUCGUUCCUCCGCUAGUGAUUUAACAAACAGUGAACAUGACAAAGAGCAUGAAAAGAAAGUAACAAAAGAAUCUGCUGAUAAAUGGAAAGACGCUGCGGAUAUAUCUGUCGAAAACAAGUACACAACGACGAGAAGGAAAAUCAUAAGCGAUUCGAGUAAAUACCGGCGUGGUCCGGUACCCGUUGAGAGCCUACCGAGUUCGGCUCACGGGCUGCAAGCGCCAACGCACGGAACUAUUGACAGUGAUGAUGAAUACGAAAACAACUGCAGGCCAAGUAGCAAAGGUUUAUUGGUCUACUUUGCAAGGCUUGGAGAGAUUUGGGACGAAAACGAAAAGGUCGAUAUCAAUUUCAUUGGGUCACUUUUUAAGGCUGGAGCAAAUGUGAAUCACGAAGACAGAUAUGGGCAAACUGCACUGCAUGCGGCUGCACGAGACUGGAACAUCGACGUUGCAAAAUAUUUGCUGGAUAACGGAGCCUUGUUAGACAAAGGAGACAAACAUGGACGAACACCCCUGCAUCUUGCUGCCGCUGUUGAUCAUCACGAAAUGAUCCGGUUUCUAGUCCUUAAUGGAGCAAACAUCGACGAAAAAUCUGUUGAAGGCCAAACCCCAUUGCACUUUGCUUGCAAAAAUGAUGCUGUGAACAGUAUCAAAACCUUACUCUCUCUUGGCGCUCAGAUAAACCUGAGAGAUAACAAGUUGAGGACUCCACUUUUUGUUGCAGCCGAGUCAGGACGCGCGCAUGCGGCAACAGCGCUUCUUGAUGCCGAUGCACCCGCUGGGGUAUAUGACAUCUACGGAACUUCAGCGUUGGCCUGCAUGGUCGAGAAGAUGCCUGCAGUUGCUUACAAUGCCAUUUCCCAAUUUUACAUUGACGAUAAGGCAUUGAGAAGGAAGUACUUUUAUCUUGAUCAGUUGGAGAGUGAUGUUAACGCCAAAGAUAAGAGCAAAAGUUUCGCAAAAAAUGCUUUGGAGAUGAUAGUCGUGUACAGAGAGACAGAUCUGGUGAUGCAUCAAGUAAUCCAAAAGAUGAUUAACGUGAAGUGGAAUCUCUUUGCACGGAAGAAGUCCAUUAUUGAACUUGUCAUCAACUUCAUUUAUACCCUUAUCUGGGUCAUUCUUGCCCUUUUGAUUCCAAGAGAUGGAAAGUUCCACACUCCGUUGGCUAGCAAGUCUUGGCGCAUUGUUCUGGAAGCAAUAUUUUUCUUCCUUACCGUUUACUUUGCAUUCAAGGAAAUCUUUAUGUUCAAACUCAUGCGAAAAAUUGAUUCAAGAUGGCGCAAAUGGGCAAUACACAAUCUAGAAGAUGAACUAGAAAGCUGCCAUCCGAAAUGGCCAGAAGAGCGAAAGUACGUUGAAAGUGAAAUACAACGAGUUUGGGGAUUUAGAGGAAGCUACUCCAGAAAUAUCGGAUGGAGCGUCUAUGAAUGGUGCUGCCACGUCAGCGUUCUUGCUGUUGCCGCUGCCGAGGUAUACUAUGAGCUGCACCCCACUGUCGCAGUUGCCGGAAAAGUCUACAAAAUAAUCCUGAGUGUUAGCAUCAUGAUGGUCUGCAUCAGGUUAAUGAAGAUCUGCCGGGCAUUCACUUUUCUUUCUGCAUUCAUCGUUUUGCUCGGCCAUGUUGUGGGAGCAACACUGCGAUUUGCAUUUCUCUUUUUUGAGUUCUUUAUUCCAUAUGUUUGCAUUUUAUGGAUCGUGUUUGGUGGAGAUGAAAAUGCAAAAAAUAUCGAUAAAAUCUCAAAAGGUGAUGGAGAAAGGUUUCGUACAUUCGAUGAAAUUAUUUAUAUCACGUGGUUAAUGACCGUCACAGCAGACAUCCCCUUUUCUCCAAUGGUGCAGUAUCACAGAAUUCUGGCUUCCAUUAUUGUUGGUACCUAUUAUGCCCUCGUCUCCGUUGUUUGCAUCAAUCUCUACAUCGCCCUUAUGUCCGAAACAUUCACGCGUGUUUAUGAAAACGCAGAGGCAAAUGCUUCUCUACAACAAGCCUUGUUAAUCAUUUUCAUGGAAAGGCAAAUGGGACCAGCAGAGAGUGCUAAAAUGAGAAAACAUUUUGCGAAAAAGUGCUCACCUCUUGAGCAACUCGAGUAUGGUCAGGAGAAUAGCAGAGCUUCAUCUUAUGAUGUAGAAGCAAGUUUGGUGCUGGGCAACGUUGAUCGGCGACUGCAGACCCUAGCAAGAACAGUAGAUCAAAGCGAACAAGAGGCCGGGAGGUUUCCCAAUCAGGAUGCAGAUGCCACACUAAUGAAAGAGCUGAAAACAAAAUGUCGCGGAGUCAGGCAACGCCAUCACUCGUUUGCCAAGAGUGUAGCAGGUUCUCUUGAAGAUGUAAUGAAGGUGCAGUUAGAUAUCACCAAAACUCUACAAUCAAUUGCAUCAAGAGCUCCACAGAAUCGCUCGAAAGGAAAAGGGAACCUUCGAAGAACAAAAUCGUCUCAGUCGAUUGCAUAAGAAAUGACUUUUAAGAUCUUUAUUAAACGAGGGUAAGAUUCUUGCAAUUAUGCUAAGGGUAAGGUUCUUUGUAUCAAGCCUGCGUCUUUUGCUUAGUUAUGGUUUUUGCUUUGAUGAAAUGAAAGACGUUUUAAGUAUAAUUUUACAUACAAUUUAUUAUUCGAGAAGACCAGAUUGACGAACUGGAACAAGGCACAGAAGUUGUGCUUGGUUCUUGCCACAAGUGAUUGCUAGUUUUUCCAAGCAUGAAUUUGACUUUCAAGACAUCGUUAUUUUAGACGAUUUAUUGAAAUUCAAAUAAAAACAAUUCCACACAGAGGACGGAGCACUAGGCGUUUGUCAUGAGUGCUGAUUAUAUGAUCCCUUUUGAGCACGGCAUCCGAGCUGUCUCAGUAGCCGGGAUAGCUCGCUUUGUCUAAAAAUCGAAUUAAACUGUAUUUCUGUAUCAUACAAAUCUUUUCUUCCCGGAACCCGAUCUGGCUCUCGUACAACAGUUUAGACAAUGGAAAGCUUGUUGGUUUGGUACUGAUUGACUUGAGUGAAGCAUUUGACACCGUCAAUCGUAGAAAUCUUUGUCAGAAAUUAGAAUACUACGGAAUUCGAAAAAGGGAACUUUCAUGGUUCAAGUAUUACUUUCCAACUGCAAACAGCAGUACCGCGGAAACUGAAAAUGGACUGGACCCUGAACAAGUUUUUCAAAACGCCGCAGUCACAAAGUACGCUGAUGACAGCAGUUUUUCUUGUAGGUAUAAAAGCAAUGCUUGUCGAACGACAUAAGAAAUAAGGACAUAAAUAGUGUUUUUGAUCGGCUGCAGGGCAGCAGGCUUGCCUUUAAUGUUACAAAACAGGAGCAGUGGUGAUAUAAACAAACCAAAAAAAUUUUUACUGAAAUAAGGAUAUUAUAUUCAAGAGUAUACAAAGAGGAACAAUAAAUCAUGUCAAAACUGCAAAAUAUAUUGGAAAAAAGUAGAUCCUAUCAGACCUCUAUUCAGAUAGGCAAUAGGAAAAAUAAAAAAAAAUAAACUAAGAUUUGAGUGAUUGGAUGGAAACAAAGCAAGGAGUUCCUCAAGGAUCAAUCUUAGGUCCGUUGCUUUUCAAUAUUUACAUAAAUGAUAUUUUUCUGCAUUUGAACAAAAGCAACUUAUGCAACUAUGCAGAUGAUAAUACAAUUUAGCUGUCAAGUACUGAUAUGAACGAACUAACUAACGACUUAGAAUCGGAAGCCGCUAUUCUUAAUAAAUUGUUUUAUGAAAUUUUUUGGUGCACAAUGGCGAUAAAAGCAAGCUUAUAACAUUUAAAGCCAAUCGAUCCAAUUUAGAGGAAUCUAAAAUUCAAAUAAAUGGUUCUACUAUAAUAGAAAGUAAGAAUGUUAAACUUUUGGGAAUAGCAACAACUUAGAUUAGAAGAACAUAUUUAAAUUUUUUGUAAAGAAGCUGGGAAAAAGGUAAACGCUCUAGCCAGGAUUGCUUCGUAUAUGGACAAAUCUAAGCGAAUUCUUUUAAUGAAAACGUUCAUAUUAUCAUGUUAUAAUUAUUGUCCUCUUAUAUGGAUGUUUUGCAGUAGGAAAAGUAAUAACCGGAUAAACCGGAUUCAUGAAAGAGCCAUGAGAAUAGCUCAUGAUGAUUAUGAAUCAACUUCGAACAACUUUUAAUAAAGAAUAAAACAAUAACUUCUCAUAAAAAAUUUUUACAAUAUCUUGCGAUAGAAAUUUACAAAACAUUAAACGGAUUGAAUCCACCUUUUAUGGAUGUAAUAUUUUCCAUAAAUGAAUGUCCAUAUUACUUAAGAAACUCCCAAUUCAAAACAGCGGAGCCACAUUACAAAAUAUAUGGAUUUAAUACCUUAUCAUACAGAUGUAGCCAAAUAUGGAACUCAGUUCCAAAUGAGAUAAAGUACUCCCCUACUUUAUCAAUAUUCAAGAAAAAAAUCUCAAAAUUUACAUCGUUUAAUUGUACUUGUAAUCUUUGAUAGGAAUACGUUAGCAACAUCGGUUAUAUUUGAUUUAUAUUAUAUUUAGCGUUGGUAUUUCAAAUUAGUUGGUUUUAAUU